GGCUUCAAUGAACUGCGCAUGCGCAGUUUGUUCUGUGACUUCCUGAAAGCUUCACAGACGCAAAAACUCACUGGUUUUCUGGGUUUUUCUCCUUUUCAUUUUUACAUUUGCUUCGUUUUCCUGUCAGUCUUCUCCAUGCGGGCUCCUGUCUGCGCAGUUCUGUUAGUUUGCUUCCUGAACGAUGCUGCGGCUCAUCAGUUCACCGAGCCGGAGAUGUCUGCUGUCAGGGAGCGCAUCAAAUCCAUGUUCUACCACGCAUACAACAGUUACUUAGACAAUGCCUUCCCCUAUGAUGAGCUCCGCCCCCUCACCUGUGAUGGACAAGACACCUGGGGCAGCUUCUCACUGACUCUGAUCGACGCUCUCGACACUCUGCUGGUUUUAGGAAAUCAUUCUGAGUUCCAGCGCGUGGCAUCAAUCCUCCAGGACACCGUGGACUUGGACAUCGAUGUGAAUGCGUCCGUGUUUGAAACCAACAUCAGAGUGGUGGGGGGUCUGCUGUCGGCUCACCUGCUGGCGGGGAGGGCGGGGAUGAAGCUGGAGCCCGGAUGGCCCUGUUCAGGACCCCUACUGAGGAUGGCCGAGGAAGCUGCCAGAAAACUGAUACCUGCUUUUCAGACUCCUACUGGGAUGCCGUACGGGACAGUGAACCUGCUGCACGGCGUCAGUCCCACUGAAACGCCUGUGACCUGCACCGCCGGCGUUGGGACCUUCAUCCUGGAGUUCGCCACGCUGAGUCGCCUCACCGGAGACCCGACGUUUGAAGAUGUGGCCCGCCGGGCCUUGAGAGCACUGUGGAAGACCAGAUCUGACAUUGGACUGGUGGGAAACCACAUCGACGUCCUGUCAAAGAAGUGGGUGGCUCAGGACGCCGGCAUCGGAGCCGGAGUGGACUCGUACUUUGAGUAUUUGGUGAAAGGAGCCAUCCUGCUGCAGGAUGAAGAGCUGCUGAACAUGUUCCACGCUUAUGACAGAGCCAUUCAGAACUACACCCGCUUUGAUGACUGGUACCUGUGGGUGCAGAUGCAUAAAGGAACCGUCUCCAUGCCCAUUUUCCAGAGUCUGGAGGCCUUCUGGCCUGGCCUGCAGUCUCUGCUGGGGAACCUGGACAGCGCUGUGAGAACUUUUCAGAAUUAUUACUCAGUGUGGAGGCAGUUUGGAGGUCUGCCGGAGUUUUACAGCAUCCCACAGGGUUACACCGUCGAUAAGAGGGAGGGAUACCCCCUCAGACCAGAGCUGAUUGAGAGCGCCAUGUACCUGUACAGAGCCACAGGUGACCACACCUACCUGCAGCUGGGCCUGGACGCUUUGGAGUCCAUAGAGAAGAUCUCCAGAACGCCCUGUGGAUACGCCAGCGUGAAAGAUCUUCGAGAUCACCAGCUGGACAACAGGAUGGAGUCGUUUUUCCUUGCUGAAACCAUCAAGUACCUCUACCUGCUCUUUGACCCCACCCACUUCCUCCACGGCGGGGGUUUGGAGGGAGAUGGGUCCUGGGAGGAGGGCGGUGAGGGGGGGCAGUGUGUGUUGGGAGCAGGAGGGUUCAUCUUCAACACGGAGGCUCAUCCUCUGGACCCAGCCGCGCUCUACUGCUGCAGCCGGCACACCCAGGAGCGGCAGGAGCUGCGGGACGUCCUGCUCAACCUGUCCCAGCCCAGAGAGAAAGCAGACAGCCGAUCAAAACCAGCCAAUGAACGAGCAGAGGAGUCCGCCCAAAGCCAAUCAGAGAGCAUCGCUCUGAAGCCUGGAGAGAAGAAGACGCCGCCGGCACUGUCCUGCCCCGUCCAGCCGUUCAGCGCGCGGCUCUCCGUUCUGGGUCAGGUGUUCUCCGACAACUCAUGACCCUAAAAGGAGGUCGACCCACUCCGGCAGGGCAGUCACCGCACUGGACUGGACUUUUUUAUUACCUCGUGAAGGAGAUAAUGUGACACUGUUUUCUAAAACUUUGAUCAAUGAUGGAAACUCAACUUGGUCUGAAGUUGGAGACCAAAGAGCCAGAACUCACAGGUUCGGUUUUCUGCUUUAACUGGAACAAAACUUGAAAUGUAUUUUUAUUUAUGAAACAUUUUCUGGCUAUUUGUGUUUUCUCUGUUCUUGAGUGUUUCAGUCUUCUUAGUAGGAGUAAGUCAGACCUGUUCCUGGUGCAUGUUGGACUCUGACAGUCAUUUAUCGCCGGUUCUAAUCAUAGUCUUUAUGGACAGAAUUUCUGGGGAUCUGGUUUGGGGGACCACAGGAUUUCAUCUCUGCUCUUUGCAGAUGAUUUUGUGCUGUUGUUUUCAUCGAGCCAAAACCUCACUGAAGCGGUUUGUAGCCGAGUGUGAAGUGGUUGGGAUGAGGGUCAGCACUGCUGUCUGAGGCCAUGGAGGAAGUGGCCAUCUUUGCUUAAGACUGCUGCCCUCAAGAUCCAGACCCAGAUGAGCCGAAGAAGAUGGCUGGUUGGGUGUUGGUUUGAUCAUUUUAAAUCAUUAUUUCUUUUUUUUGUAAUGUCUUUUUUAAUACAUUUUCAGAAAACAUUCGACAAAGUUACAUUUUACAAGGUAGCUUUUCACAAAUGGAAUAAGAAGAGAAGAAAAGAAAGUAAGACUGUUGUGUAAGUUGUACAUGCUUCUAUAGGUACUUCAGAGAAAAAAAAAA